UGUACUUGGAAUGAAAGCACAGAAAGCUCACUGACCACCCUACCCAUUUUAUGCUUCUCCAUCCCUCCCUGCAGUUGGAAGUACUGACCAACCUGGCCAAUGAGACCAACAUUCCUACUGUCCUACGGGAAUUCCAGACCUACAUUCGCAGCAUGGACAAGGACUUUGUGGCAGCCACAAUCCAGGCCAUUGGACGCUGUGCAACUAACAUCGGCCGAGUCCGUGACACCUGCCUCAAUGGCCUGGUGCAACUGCUGUCCAACCGUGAUGAGCUUGUAGUUGCAGAGUCAGUGGUUGUCAUUAAGAAAUUGCUACAGAUGCAGCCGGCACAACAUGGAGAGAUCAUCAAACACUUGGCAAAGCUAACAGACAACAUCCAGGUGCCCAUGGCCCGAGCCAGCAUUCUGUGGCUCAUCGGAGAGUACUGUGAGCAUGUCCCCAGGAUUGCACCUGACGUCCUAAGAAAAAUGGCCAAGUCAUUCACAGCAGAGGAAGAUAUCGUUAAGCUGCAAGUCAUCAACCUGGCAGCCAAACUCUACCUGACCAACUCUAAACAG